AUGUCGAUAGCCCGAGUUGAUCAAGCACGCUAUGGAGAACAGUUGUGUGCUAAAGUUGAGCGUGUCAAAGCCAGAUUUGCAGACUUCAGCAUGCCUGAGGUGGAGGUGUUGGAGUCUCAGAGUGAGCACUAUAGAAUGAGGGCUGAAUUCAGAGUCUGGCAUGAUGGAAUCGAUGCAUACUACAUCAUGUUUCAAAAGAAGCGGCAUGAGAGAGUGCGCAUUGAUCAAUUCCCAGUGGGGUCUUUGCUUAUCAAUGAACUUAUGACAAAGCUCAUGGAGGAAGUCCUGGAACAGCCCAUCUUGAAGACAAAGCUGUACCAGGUGAACUUCCAUACGACUUUGACUGGCCAUGCAAUGGUCACCAUGAUCUACCAUAAGAAGCUGGGGCCAGACUGGCAGGAAGCGGCAAAGAAGCUGCGGCCCAUCCUGGGCAGCUGCCCGUCCAGCACACGGCCACAUGUGGACAUCAUUGGGCGCAGCCACAAGCAGAAAAUAGAGCUGGAUGCGGGAUAUGUCUGCGAAACUUUGGCGGUUGAUGGGCAGUCCCUCAUCUACAAGCAGGUGGAAGGUGCCUUCAGCCAGCCCAAUGGCAGGAUGUGCGAGAAGAUGCUGACCUGGGCAAAGGAUGUGACCAGAGGCAGCAAUGAUCAUGACCUCCUGGAGCUUUACUGCGGCAAUGGCAACUUCACAGUAGCUUUAGCAUCCAACUUCAGGAGAGUGGUGGCCACCGAGAUGUCCAAGGCAUCUGUGGCAGCUGCAGAAUUCAAUCUGCAGGAAAAUGGCAUUUCCAACACAAGCAUUGCACGUUUGACAGCUGAAGAGUUUACGGCUGCUUGGAAGGGCGUCAGGGAAUUUGAGCGAGCAAAGAGCCUGGACCUGAAAGCACACGACCUGCAGACCAUCCUUGUAGAUCCUCCAAGAGCAGGCUGUGACGCAGACACUGCUACAUUGCUGAAGGAAUUCCAAAAUGUGCUGUACAUCUCCUGCAACCCGGGGACCCUGCACAACAAUCUGUUGGAGCUGAAAGGCUCCCACAAAGUUCUACGUUUUGCAAUUUUUGAUCAAUUUCCAUACACUGAUCACAUAGAGUGUGGAGUGUAUCUUAGGCGUAAGGAGUAG